AUGGCAGAGAAUAACCCCGAUGUAAUGAACCAAUUGGCAACGAAAUUGGGUCUAUCGUCCGAGCUCCAAUUCUACGACGUCUAUUCCUUGGAUGAACCCGAACUACUCGCACAUAUCCCUCGACCUGUCAUGGCCUUGCUGGUUAUCAUUCCACUUACACCAGCUUGGGAUCGGAGUCGCAAGGCUGAGGAUGCUAACAAAGAACCCUACACUGGCUCUGGCCCUGACGAGCCAGUCAUCUGGUUCAAGCAGACCAUCGGCCACGCCUGCGGCUCGAUCGGGGUGCUCCAUAGCUUGAUCAACGGUCCGGCCGUCGACUUUAUCAGGCAUGAUUCAGAUCUCGCGGCGAUCCGGAGCCUUGCCAUUCCGCUGGAUAUGACCAAACGCGCCGAAAUGCUGUAUAACAGCGAGCCAUUCGAACUUGCUCACAAGUCGGUCGAGCAGGCUGGCGACAGCUAUGCGGAUCCGACGGAUGGGCGUGAUGGUGGGCAUUUUGUGAGUUUUGUCAAGAGCGGUGGGAAGCUCUGGGAGCUUGAAGGGUCGAGAAAUGGUCCUCUAGAGAGAGGAAGUCUUUCCGAUGACGAGGACGUUCUCAGUCCGCGAGCACUUGACAUGGGCAUCAAGAGAAUCAUCAAGUUGAAUGCGGAUGACGGAGGGGAGAACCUUGGUUUUAGCUGCAUUGCUUUGGCUCGCAGGCCAUAG